AUCGAUUGUUGUCAGUGUUUACUCGAAUGUUAUUGGCUUGGAUCCGAGCUAGAAAGUAAAUAAUUUGGGGGCUGUGAGGAAUACAGUGCUGGUGUAUGGCGCAUAAUUCUGAAUUAUCGAACUUAUUUUUGUUUUAAAGGCGUGUUUUACAUAUUUAUUGAGCAUUCACAAUCGUCUUAAACAAUGCUGCGCCUUUUGCAAAGAAGUGGCUUCCUCCUUGAAGUGUUCCAAGUGCCAGCAGUGCUGAGCUAGUAAGCCCCAUCGAAAAGACAGUAUGGCAGAGUAUGACUUGCAUGAAUCAGGUGAAGGCCUCCCAGUUACACAUCUGUGCGGUCACAAGAUCAUCUCACCUUAAUGACUGUUUGCAGAAGUUCUCAUUGGCACAGAAUCUGAGAGGAAGAGCCCAGAAUUACAGCAUAUAUGAACCGGAUUACUUAGAUGCCUUAAAACCAAAAAUUCCAGUUUAUGAUGCUAUCAACAUUCAGAUAAAAGGCUAUGAUUAUCCUGUUUUGGAACACUAUCAAAAAUUUAUUCACAAUCUCUCAGAAAAUAUGAACAUAGAAGUAGAAGAUGGGUGGGCUUUGCCAGCUCAGACACAAACAGUGCAGCGAUUCAAACCCCAGAGCACUGUUGUUGAUUCAGAAUAUAAACUAUCCAUUUACGAGAGAAAUGUGCAGAUAGUCGAUGUACCUUCUACUACACUGGCAGUUCUUCUUAAUAUCCUGAGAGCUACAUUACCAGAGGGAGUCAAUCUCAGUGUUCAUGAGCAUUCGCCAGAACACGAAGAAAUUCGUUAUGUACCAGAUCAAGAAUUACUUGAGUUGAAAAGCCAAUUAGAAGCUCUUGGGGGACCAAGAAAGAAAUAAUAACAGAAUGAGAUACAUUAAGUAAUGUA